AUGGCAGACACAUACACCGCAGUCACGCUGGCCGAGCGUCCCAAGGCCGACAUCAUUCCCGGAGAGACGUUCAAGGUGGAGGAGCGGCCGCUGCCGAAAGAGAACGACCUGAAGGAGGGAGAGGUCAUCUUUGAGGCGAGGUAUCUUUCGCUAGAUCCGGCGAUGAGGGGAUGGUUGAAUGAUGUACGCUCCUACGUCCCACCUGUUCAAAUUGGCGAGGUGAUGCGCGGACUUGCUGCCGGCGUCGUCACUGCGUCCAAGUCUGAGAAGUUCCCCGUUGGCACAACUGCUACGGGAACUGUAGGAUGGACUGAGGUGGCAGUGGUCAAUGAGAAAGCGCUAGAGAAGGUCGAGAUUCCGCGCAAUGGGAAGUUGACUGAUUCUCUGGGUGUGCUGGGAAUGACCGGCCUAACCGCCUAUUUCGGCCUCCUCCGCAUCGGCGCCCCCAAAGCCGGCGAAACCGUCGUCGUCUCCGGCGCCGCCGGCGCUACCGGCUCCGUCGUUGGCCAAAUCGCCAAAAUCUACGGCGCCCACGUGAUCGGCGUGUGCGGGUCCGACUCCAAAUGCUCGUGGCUGAAAGAAGAGCUCGGGUUCGACGAAGCGGUCAACUACAAGGACCCGGAAUUCGCCAAGAAGUUCCGAGAUGUGACCAAGAACUUCAUUGAUGUCUUCUUUGAUAACGUGGGUGGAGAUGUCCUGGAUUUGGCGUUGACCCGGGCGAAGAAGGAUGCGAGGUUUGUGAUUUGUGGAGGGAUUAGCCAGUAUAAUGCGGUUGAGAAGAAGGGGCCGGCGAACUACCUCAUGAUCAUCUCCAUGCGCAUCCGCAUGCAAGGCUUCAUCGUCUUCGACUUCGAGUCGGAGUAUCCCGAAGCUCGCAAAGAGCUCGCGCAGUGGCUUGCUGAGGGCAAGAUAAAGCGCAAAGAGACGAUUCUCAAGGGCGGAUUGAAGGAGGCGGACAAGGGACUCGUGCAACUCUACAAGGGCGUCAACACUGGUAAGCUCCUGGUUGAGGUCAAGCCGGAGAGCGAGCAGUCGAAGCUUUGA